UUUUUAAUUUAAUUCAUUUUUUUUUUUUUUAAAUAACUGGAUGGGACGUGUGAUGUGUGAUGACGUCAUCACAUCACGUCCUGCACGUCUUCCAUGUUGCAGUGUGCAACUGUUCACGCGCCACUUUUUUUGCAUGUGUAAUUCAAAUUAUGGACGGUUUUAGAGGAUUGUAAUCAUUUUUUUUUUAUUUUUAUAUUCUAUUUUACCAUUUUUAUGGUUUUUUAAGUGUUUGUAUAAAAGGAAAGUAAGUUUGUUUUUAUAAAUAUUCAUCUUGAGCUUUUCUUUUCUCUGUUUUCGUUUUAUACAGAGUAUAGGGGUUAGGGUUUCUUCUUCUUGGGGUGGUUUAUUUUUGUAUUAGCAAGAGAGUUUGAGUGCAUCAUUUUCGUUUAUUGCCUUGUUAUUAUCAUCUGUAAACCUAAAAAAUGGUUAAAACUCGUUCCUCAAUUUCUCCUUCGCAUUCUGUAAAGGUAGCUGCUGAUAAGAAGAAAAUGGAAAAUGUCUCCGAUGAUGGAGAUCGUGAUGAUUCUGAUCGUUCUGGUGGUUCUGGUGGAUCAUCGGAUGGUAGCCGUGGCUCGGCAUUGCAAAAGAGAAAAAGAGUUGUUGAUAAAGUGAAGAAAGAAGAUGUUCGAAAUGUGAAAAAGAUGAAGCAAGUUGCUGAAGAUUUGCCUGAGGAUUAUGAUAGUGAAGACUUGGAGGUUGAAGUUCGUAAUGAUUUGAAGGAAUGGGAUUUAUAUUUCAAGCCUGGUGAAAAGAUUCAGGGAAAAGUGAUGUUAUUCCCUAAUCAGGAUAACAUUGUUGUCAAAAAUAUUAAUUCCAAGUUGACUAAAGAUCAACGUAAGUUGUUUCGUGAUACUUGUUUUGGUUAUUUUUUGGAUAGCCAUCCUGUUGGUUUUCAGUCUCAAUUAGUUCAUAAUGCCUUACAUAGGGAGGUAUAUCAGAAAAAUGAAAAAGAAAUGUGGUUUAAGUUUGAUGACUAUAUGUUGAACUAUAAUGUUGGAGCGAUUACAAUUACGAAGGUUUAUAGUGUACUGUAUUUUUUAAAGUACUUAGUAUUGAUUAGUUUACUAUCAGUUAUGAUUACAACUGGUAAACUAUCUGAUUAGUACUGAUUAAUUGUCAAAUAAUCAUGUUUAACAGAAUUAACAAACAUGAUGGAUUUUUAGGUGUUUUCAGGAAUUGGAAGGUGUAAUGUGUUAUAAGCAGUAGUAUGUAUCGUAAUGUAUAAUAGGUACCUUAUUCAGAUUUAGUUUUCGAUGUUGUAGUUGACGGACUUCUUCUUCUUCCUCGAAGCAACGAUUUCUGGUUUUUCGAUUUUUUGUUUGUUGUGAUCAGCUCAUAGGUUUAUUGAUGGAUUGAAUUGUAGGUCGAAUUAGAGAGACGAUGAUUUGCUUGUUGUAUACAGCAACAGUUUUGAGAGAUAUGAUGAUCGAUUCUCUAAUUUUCAGAUUCGUCGAGAUCUGUAUUUUUCCGUCAAUGGUGUUUUUUCGUUCAAGGUUGGUUUGGUUUCUGUUUUUCGUUUUCGUGUAUUAUUCUUACGGUAUUUAUAGAUUUCUGUUUUAAACAGUAGAACCACGCGCAGAGAUGGCCGAGAAAUAUGGAAUUGUGGGCGCGUCUCCUUCAUCGCCGGUGGUUCCAAAAUUAUUCAAGCUAAUCACGGUAAGCUUGAUGACGUGUCACGGCAUACAAAUGCAUUGUUUUCAUUUAACGUUUUUUUUGUAAUAUUAAUGUAUAUAAUGUAUAUAUAUAAAAAUUUCCCAAUUA